AGCCGUCAGCGCGCGGUUUACGAGGAGAACGUCGCGUCAGAGCUUCACUUUUCCGCGCCGACGGCGAUUUAAACCCCUUCGCAAAAAGUUUCGUUGACGCGCGCGUGACGUCAGAUGUAACGGGCGACGCUUCCCGUUCGCUGUCAGUGUGCGUGUGUUUGAUUGUUUGUCCUUAAUCGUUAAACUCGGAGGGAAGUGUAGGUAGGCAUGGGGGCCAAACAGAGCAGUCCCGCUGCCGACGGGCGCACGCGAGCGUACUCGGGCUCGGAUCUCCCGUCGAGUAACGGCGGCGGCGGCGGCAGGACGGCGGCUGUGGCGAUGCGGUAUCACGCACACGGCGCCUCAGGUGCUACAUCUUCAUCGUCGCCUUCGUCGUCAGCGGCGGCCGCCGCGCACUUUACCGGCUCCAGGCGACCACAGUCGAGCAUUACUAUACCGAACUCGGGAGCGUACAGUUCUCAGGAGUCCGGUAACAGCACACCGGAGGAGAACGGCGGGGAGAGAGAGCGGUCCGCCGGCGCUCCGAGACUGUUGAUCGGAUCGUUGCCAGCUCACCUGUCGCCUCAUCUCUUCGGAGGUAAGAGUUUGAUUAGUUACAGGUUCUAGUCCACCCGAGCAACAACCAGUUUCAGUGUUAAACCAGAUCUGUUCCCG